AUGGAAGCUCAUGAUGGGAUGCUGCAAGGGAACCGAAUGAAUGUCCAUGGAAGCUUCUUUGAUGUUGUUGUUGAGCAAGCAAAAAGGGGAUGCCAGACGAAUGAACGGUGGCUGGACUUGGACAAAAGUGUUGUGCUUCUUCGAUUAGUACAGUGA